CUCUUAUUUAUCAGCCAAACCCUCUUUGGCUUUGCUUUGCGCAAAAGGCAAACGAAAAAUGGGAGCUCUUGAUUACCUUUCCAACUUUUGCAUUGUCUCAUCAACUACAACAAGAAGCAAACACAAGCCUAUGCAGACCGUCGAGAUUAAAGUGAAGAUGGAUUGUGAUGGAUGUGAAAGAAGAGUUAGAAACGCCGUCACUUCCAUGAAAGGAGUGAAGACGGUGGAAGUGAUGAGGAAGCAACAUAGGGUGAGGGUUAGUGGGUAUGUUGAUGCAAAAAAAGUGCUCAAGAGAGUAAAAAGCACAGGAAAAAGAGCUGAAUUUUGGCCUUACAUUCCACAGCAUCUUGUUCAUUACCCUUAUGCCUCAGGAGCUUAUGAUAAGAAGGCUCCGGCUGGGUUUGUUAGGAAUGUUGUGCAAGCUUUUCCAACAGCACAUGAAGACAACUAUGUCUCUGUUUUUAGUGAUGACAAUGUCAAUGCUUGUUCCAUCAUGUAGUUUUCGUUCUCCCGCUAUCGUUUUUGGUUGAACAUGCUCGGGUGCAGACCGAAAAACUUCAAGAAGGAAGUGCUGAAGAAAUCAACUCGGAGGAGGGUUUUUUUCGUUUGAGUUGUGUCGUUGUCGUUGUCGACGAUGAAACCCUUUCUUUUUUAUCUCUCUCGUGUAAAAUUGUAUUAUAUGGAAUAACGUGAAACGAUGUUUUUUA